AGAUGUCCUGCCUUAUCUGCACACUGGCUGUGUCAGGCUCUGAAACACCGUUGCCUUUCUUAUGCGAAGUGUUUCUCACGCUUCUGGGGCCUUCGGGUGCAGAGCGCGAGUGCUGAAGCUGGGCCGAGUCGAUUAUCAGGGGAAUGAAGUUUGAGACCUCCAUUCUGCGGCUCGGGGCGUGUUUUCUUUUUACGGUGGGUGUUCCCAAGGCAGGACGAGGGCGUGAAUGUGAGAGUGAGUCUCCAGCGGUUCGUGGGAAAGACGCUCAGAGGGUUUGGAGACUGUACCUGUGCACACUGCAUCAUGAAGCGGCCUUGUGAGGACAGCACGUCCGACAGCGACAUGGACGAAACUAUUGAUGUGGGUAGCGAGAAUAACUACUCUGGUCAAAGCAACGGUUCGUUUAUAAAAUGUGGCUCACCUACCACAACAUCUCAAGUCAUGGCUAGAAAGAAGCGGAGAGGGAUCAUUGAGAAAAGACGAAGGGACCGAAUAAAUAAUAGUUUAUCAGAGUUGCGUCGUCUGGUGCCAACAGCAUUUGAGAAACAGGGAUCUGCCAAAUUAGAGAAGGCGGAAAUAUUGCAGAUGACAGUGGAUCACUUGAAGAUGCUCCAGGCCACGGGAGGAAAAGGAUACUUAGAUGCUCAUUCUCUGGCCAUGGACUUCAUGAGCAUCGGCUUCAGGGAGUGUCUCACUGAAGUGGCGAGGUAUUUGAGCUCCAUUGAAGGUCUGGAUUCCAGCGACCCCCUCCGCGUCCGCUUGGUUUCUCACCUCAGCAGCUGCGCCUCGCAGAGGGAUGCGGCCACCAUGACCACAUCAAUGUCCCAUCACCAGCAGGCCCUCCACCCACAUCACUGGGCCGCCGCUUUGCAUCCCAUCCCAGCGGCGUUCCUGCAACAAAGCGGACUUCCGUCCUCAGAGAGUUCCUCUAGCAGGUUGUCUGAGGUUCCUCAGAGGGGUGCAGCCCUGCUGACCUCCUCCUUCACCCACAGUGACACCGCGCUCAGAGCGCCCUCUACUGGGAGCAUUGCUCCUUGUGUACCGCCACUAUCCACCUCGCUGCUUUCGAUAUCGGCGACCGUUCACGCGGCGGCUGCUGCUGCAGCGGCGCAAACCUUCCCUCUAACAUUUCCCAGAGGAUUCCCACUUUUCAGCCCCAGUGUAACGGCAUCUUCAGUGGCUUCUUCCUCCGUGAGCCCUUCCGUUUCCACAUCCACCACAUCCCAACAGAGCAGCGGAAGCAACAGUAAACCAUACCGACCGUGGGGGACUGAAGUGGGAGCGUUUUAAGUGUUGGAUUUGCUCUUGUUGCAUCUGGACGUCUUCCACACUUUGUACAUAAAGGAAAGAAAACAGCUAUUGUGCCUGCUUUGGUCAGCACUUUGUUUUUUUUUCUUUACACUUGUGCACAUAUGUAACAUCAAACAUAAGCCAACUUUCUGGGAGGGAAAGAAAGACUGACUUUACACUUCAAGCUGUGUUGAAAUCCAUAACGAUGGAAGAGCGAUUUUCAUUUUUGAAGAAAAAAUCAGUUACUGUUUAACUUGUAAAGGGCUGUACUGUGUGACAGUGCCUACAUAAACACUGCUAAAAUGCUGCAUUUGAGAUAUAUGCUUUGAUAUUUCUACACAGAAAAAGCAUAUGUGAUUUUCACAAACAUACAGUAGCUUUAGAGUAAAACAGAACAUCUUGUUCAAAGACAAACCAAAGGUUUUGCAGAUAAUCACUAAAGUGAGGUGUGAAUCAGUUUUGUAAUCUAUGAUUUAACAAUCCAGUUUGUAAAUCUGUACAUGUGUAAGAUUGUAACUAGAGUUUAUAUUGAAAUUAGACAGAUGAGUUGGUAUGAUGCACUUCAAUCACUACUGUUUUUUUUUUUUUUUUUUUUUUUGGGGGGGGGGUCUUCUCCGCUUUACACAAUAGGGCUACUGAAUUAAAAAAAAAUAACAUUCACUAAUACUCAUAUGUGAGAUUUUCAACUACUGUAACUUUGUUACCUUUUUAAUAAACCUACCAUACUCUGUAAGAUGUAACCUUUUUCUAUGCAAAAAAAAAGAAAAAAAAACAGAUGUCCCUGAAGAAACUGCGUGUUUUUUUCAUUCUGACCAUA